GACUUUCCGCCAUCACCGGGACUACAAGCCCCAGCAUGCUUUGGGUAACCCGGGGCGGUAAUGGCGGCGGCAGCGCCUGCGCAUUGCGGUCUCCGUGCGGACCGCGCAGAGUGAAUAAUAAAGCUCUCCUCCUCGGUGGUAGCGGGCGGCGGCGGAGGGAGUGGAAGGCAGGAGCAUGUCGAAGGGCCCGGUAGCGACCGGGCCUCCCGCGACCGGGCCGGUGGCGCCCGCCAGCGCGCUCCAGGCGCAGCCCGAGAAGCCGCAGCACUACACAUACCUGAAGGAAUUCCGCACAGAGCAGUGCCCACUCUUUGUGCAGCACAAGUGUACUCAGCAUAGGCCCUAUACAUGCUUCCACUGGCACUUUGUCAACCAGCGUCGCCGCCGGUCUAUCCGCCGUCGGGAUGGCACCUUUAACUACAGCCCUGACAUUUACUGCACCAAAUACGAUGAGACCACAGGGAUCUGUCCAGAAGGAGAUGAGUGUCCAUUCCUGCAUAGAACUACUGGUGACACAGAACGUAGAUAUCACCUGCGCUACUACAAAACUGGAAUCUGCAUCCAUGAGACUGACUCGAAAGGAAACUGCACCAAGAACGGUCUCCACUGUGCUUUUGCUCAUGGGCCCCAUGACCUCCGCUCUCCAGUUUAUGAUAUCAGGGAGCUUCAGGCCAUGGAAGCUUUGCAGAAUGGUCAGACUACAUCAGAGGGUGGCAUAGAGGGUCAGUCUGCAGUUGCCGCUAGCCAUGCUAUGAUAGAGAAAAUACUCAGUGAAGAGCCAAGGUGGCAAGACACAACAUAUGUUUUGGGAAACUACAAAACAGAACAAUGUAAGAAGCCCCCACGUCUCUGUCGACAGGGUUAUGCCUGCCCUUACUACCAUAAUAGCAAAGAUAGAAGAAGGAGCCCCAGGAAACACAAAUACAGGUCAUCCCCAUGCCCCAGUGUGAAACAUGGAGAUGAGUGGGGAGAUCCCAGUAAGUGUGACAAUGGAGAUGCAUGCCAGUACUGUCACACCCGCACAGAACAACAAUUUCAUCCAGAGAUCUACAAAUCAACAAAAUGUAAUGACAUGCAACAGUCUGGCAGCUGCCCCCGAGGACCCUUCUGUGCCUUUGCACAUGUAGAACAACCUCCACUUAAUGAAGAGUUACAAUCAACAUCCUCUGUUUCCAGUCCUACACAAACAGGCCCUGUAAUGUAUAUGCCCUCGGCAGCAGGCGAUUCUGUUCCCGUCAGCCCUUCUAGUCCACAAGCCCCAGACCUUAGCAAUGUAUGGAAUAAACCAGGAACUCUGCCAACCAGCCCCACUUCUACUACAAUUCUCUGUAGGAAUAGCAGUCUUGGAAGCCCAUCUAAUAUAUGUGGGUCUCCUCCUGGUGCCAUUGGAAAACCCCAUAGUUUGGAAAGCAUUGGCUUCCCCACAGAUUCAGUAACUGCAGCCAGCAGCUACAAGAAGGCACCAGGAUUUGAGCGGGAAGACUUGGUUGGAGCAGAGUACCUAAAGAAUUUCAAAUGCCAGCAGGCAAAGAUUAAAUCCCAUUCCUUGGAACAUAGAACCCAAGAACAGCCUCUGUUACAACCAAAACAGGAUAUAUUGGGGAUUCUUCCUGUUGGCAGCCCACUGACAUCUAGCAUCUCUUCUAGUAUCACUUCUAGUUUGGCAGCAACACCGCCAAGUCCAGCAGGCACAAGCAGUGUCCCUGGCAUGAAUGCAAAUGCCCUUCCAUUCUACCCAACCAGUGACACAGUGGAGUCUGUGAUAGAGUCUGCCUUGGAUGACCUGGACCUGAACGAAUUCGGAGUGGCUGCCCUGGAGAAGACAUUUGACAGCAGCUCGGUGCCCCACACGAGUGGCAUCAUGAUAGGUGGGAGUUUGCUGCAAAGUUCUGCUCCUGUAAAUAUCCCUGGGUCCCUUGGAAGUUCUGCCUCCUUUCACUCUGCCUCUCCUUCUCCACCGGUCAGCUUAUCAUCGCAUUUCCUCCAUCAGCCCCAGGGACACUUAAGCCAAUCAGAAAACACAUUCCUGGGGACAUCAGCUUCUCAUGGAUCAUUAGGUUUAAACGGGAUGAACAGCAGCAUAUGGGAGCACUUUGCUUCUGGAAGUUUUUCACCCAGUACCUCGCCUGCAUUUCUGUCGGGUCCAGGUGCUGCUGAGCUGGCCAGGCUGCGGCAGGAAUUGGAUGAAGCUAACAGCACAAUAAAGCAGUGGGAAGAAUCUUGGAAACAAGCCAAACAGGCCUGUGAUGCUUGGAAAAAGGAAGCUGAGGAAGCUAAUGAUCGUGCCAACACGGCAACCAUAGAAUGUGAGCUAGCCCGGGAGCAGAGGGAGGCCUUGGAGCUGCAAGUGAAGAAACUCCAGGAGGAAGUGGAGAGGAUCCACACUGGCCAGGACCCCCAGUUCCUGCGUUCGCUCUCUGAUGUAGAGACCCUCUCCCUCUCCACACUCUAUAAUCUCCAAAAACAGCUGCGUGCCAACCUGGAAAGAGUUGAUAAGGCAGUGUUUCAGAUGCAGUCGGUGAAAUGCCUCAAGUGCCAGGAAGAGAACCGGGUGGUACUCCCGUGCCAACACACUGUGCUGUGUGAAACGUGUGCUGAGGAGGGCGAAUGCCCCAUCUGCCAUCCCAACAGGCCACACACUCUCCAGUCGUGACCCUACUAGGACAUUUGGUUUAGCAUAUCACACAUAGAACUUUUUAACUUUAUAUAUAUAUAUAUAUAUAAAUAUAAUAUGAAUAUAUAUAUAUGAAUAUAUAUAUAUAUAUACAUACAUAAAAACAAAAAUUAGUUGCAGAGCACUUUUUAAUACUUUGCAUCUCCCAUUUAAAGGUUCCCCCACCCACCCAGUCCUGCUAAGUCUAACUCCUUAGGGACUUUUAUGGCUGUUUUUAUGUAGAUCAAAGGGCAGUUUGCAGAGUUUGUUUCCUCUCUCUCCCCUCCCCCUUUCCUAUUUAGGAUGUAACCCUUUUUUAGUCUUCUGAAUAAAGAUUUAGAGGGAAGGGGAAGAGGGGCUUGCAAGUGCUUUCCAGGGUGAGGACCGGAUCUGUGGGGAGAAGAGACACGGAAAUCAAAUUUCUGAUCAUGUCUUCGUCCUCCUUCUCUUGGCUCUUACUUCAUCAUCAUUUUCAUCUUUUUAAAGCAGCUGUCAUGCUCUUAGCUUAACAACAAGAGAAUCCCCUUUGCAGUUCUUCCCCAUUGAGAGCUUCAGGCAUUCAGAACUCUUGUUGGCCUUCAGUAUGGGUGAGGAUCUUUGGAUAUCUGUUUGAAAAAUAAGCAUUCACUUUUUAAAAGUCUUUUUACACACUUGUAGGUUUCUACCAAAGCAACAAAAGGAGCAAAAUUUCAAACAAACCAGUGAUGGCAGGCCAGUAGUCACAAUAGUUUUACUCAAAAGCAUUACUUAUCAGUGGAACUUCGUAAAGAGGAAAAGUCUGAGUUUGUGGUCUGUAUUCUCUUGGCAAUUAGGAUGUGCUUCAGAGCUGUGGAUAAUGCAAAUGGAAGGCAUUCUAGGUGGCAGGUAGAGGUGGAAGUGUGAAAUGAUGAAGACCUGCUUUGGAAAAGCCUGUGUCUUUUCUGGUUGCUUGCUGGAGGUUGGGGUGGGGUAUUCUUCCUAGGCUUUGUUUUCAUUGAUAAUUAAAUGGAGGUAGGUGGAACCUUUUAAACUUUUUUAGUCUGCCCAAUACAGGCCUGCAUAACUUGUGACCCACCAGUUAGGUAGGGUGGCCCUUUGGGACUAAAUCAGUUUCCUGUUUUUGUCUGCCUGCCUGGGACCGCAGAAAUGGGGUAUUGGUCAAGUAUCUGGCUAGAGGGUACAAUGUUCAGUUGGUCUACAUUUGGUCAGCUGAUGCCAUGUUACUCACCCCAAACCUAAUACUUGGUACUUCCUGAUGGGUAGAAACAAUAUGUCUCUUCCGCUGCUGUUCCCAUACCACGAAUGGUACUGUUACCAGCGUCGCGGUGUAACAUAUCCACCCUAUAGUUCAGACAAGAGUUGGUUUUUUACUUUGAGUGUUAAGAAAAAAUCAUUCAGGUUUUUUAACAGAGCAAGCUCAUCUGUUUGCCCUGGACAGCACUUUGUGUUGCUAGCAUACAGUAAGAUGUGGUGCACCACCAUGAACUUGGGGAAUGUAGAAUGUGAUAGAGGAGCGGAGGACAUUUUCAGAAGUUAACACUGUGUGUUUCUAUCUUGCUGCCAAAAAUUUGGAGUUGCAUACUGAAUUGAAGCAUGGAUUUCCUUCAGAUGUAAUUUCUGCAAAGUAAUAGCGGAGCUAUUGUGAGGAAGAAAUAAUUUUAAAUUCACAGCCAUGGGACAAACACAGAAUUUUGCAAAUGUUCAGGGACCCCAAUAUGAAAAUGUUUCCAGUGGCAAGAAAUAGAUUCACAAAAUGCAGAACUGGGAGCAGGCAAACAGAGAAUCCAAGAUAUUGGAAUAUCCUCUCUUGAAAGAUUAGCUAGCUGCUUAGGUGUCAAGUGGAGUUACGUUCCUAAUCCGCUUCACAUUCUUCUGAUUUAUAGUGAAUGCCACGAGGCCAUACUUAAAGCGCUGUUCGUAGGCAAGAAAAGAUGGGGUUGCCCAGUCCACAGUGUUUCACUUCUCAAAUACAUUCCUUUUCCUUCUGACUAGGGAAACCUUCUUACUCUUCUAUCUUACUCCUCACUAGUUUAGGUUUCCGGUGAAGCUAGCCUGUCUUCUUUGCAGGAGGAUAUCGUUGGUUGUGAUCCCUGUUUAGGUAUAGACGAUCUGGGGACACCCAAGGCUUUCUAUAGUCUUAGGCUGCGUCUGGGAUCAGUUGUGUUUGGUCCAUUUGAAUUGUGUGCAGUCGAAUCUUUGUAGCCCAGAGGCUUGAGACCGGUCCCCAACAGAUGGGAACAUUCAUCAGGCAUGUAUGUGAUACACUAUUUGCACAGCCCAGAGAGUAAUUCUGGAGUUGGUGGGGGCCUGAUCCUCCUGCCCUUCUGCUUUGACAUUAAAAGCACCAAGCCAAAAAUGAGAGACGCUCCCAUGCAGACGUGCCCUUUCUACUGCUCUGCUCAUUCUUACGAAAGAUAGUCUAGUUGUUCCUUUGGGUUAGCAUCUCUGUUAACUCUGGGUCACCUUAGUGUAGCUGCAAAUGCCCUUAUUUGGCUGGGUACCUGCAGUAGACAACUUCCAUGAAGAUGGAGAACAUUUUCCCAAAACGGCCAUAAAGCCUGAGUCUAUAAAUGCAUUCCUCCUUAAUAUUGGGUGUGCACUUGCUAGAGAACUACUUAGACCAGAACCAUUUGUCAUGGACAGCAUUGACUACUAUUUAUAUUGCCCAUCUCUUACUAGGCACAGUGCAUCUAGCCUUGAGGGAUACAUUUCAUAGGUUAGGCUUUUUAUACAAAUAGACAGAAAUCUUUUUGGGUCCCAAGCAACCAGCAGCUGGAUUAUCGGAGCAAUCAUUAAUUUAGUUCUUGUGCUUUUGUGGGCCAGAAUGAAUAAGGUUUCCAAGCUCUGAGCAGAACUUAACUACACCUAUUAAAAAAGAAACUUACAGUGCAAUCCUAGGCAUGUUUACUCAGAAGUAAGCACCAUUGAAUGCAAUGGGGUUUGCCCCCUAGUAAAUGUGUUUAGGAUUGCAGCCUCCACUAAUAAUUUCCAUUGAGAUUAAAUUUGCACUCUUCCCAGAGUGCUUUACAAAUGGUGUUAACUCACUGAUUAUGUGUUAACCUUUGAUUAUGUGUGGUAGGCUUCCAGGAAUAUAUAUUGGGGCCUAAAUCCAACUGACUUUCAUUGAAAUUUGUGGUUUGGAAUAUUUUUUGUGUUAAGCUUGUAUCCAGUAAAUGUGUCGUCCUGCAGUUCCCGAGUGGUAGAACUCCCACUGCAGUUUGUUUUGACUUGUUCAGACAUUGCAACAGCCUGUAGGCAACAAAAAGCAACGGUCCAGUCCAGAAGGACUCUAAUCUGUCAUUUUGAACUGGGGAGUUUGUUUAACAUGUAAAAGUGUAAUAUUUAGAUUUAUAAUCUCACUCCCUUGCUCACCAGUCUCUGCUUCAUUUGCAGUAGUUGACCCACCUUUCCCCAACCUGGAAAAGCACUGGAAACUCUAAGUUAUCAUUCUUUUUCAUAAGGGUAAUCCAGCUACUCACUGUCAGGUUUUUCCUCUGGAGUAUUUUCAUAUUUAAUGCAAGUACAUCAUUAGAUUUGCUUCCACAAUUCCACCCUCCCAUAUUUGGGGGGCUAAUAUGCAUUCCCAGAUGAUCUCAAAGUGCAGCUCUGUUUAGGAUUUUUUUUUUUUUAAUUAACUUUUAUGUUUGGUAAAACUGCUUUUUUUCAAUGUGUAUAUUGUACUAGUAUCUGUUGUGUUUUUUUAAAAGAACACCUAAUUGGCUUCUUUCUUUUCUUUUUUGUAUGGAGAGACGCUGCUGGCUGACUCUUGUGGUUGUGUUCGUUUUUGGUUGUAGCCUUUGAAUGUCUGUGCCAUGGGGCUUACCUGGUCUCCAAGGCCAGCAAACAUGCCUCAGUCUUAAGGAAAGCUUGUUUGUUUAAAAUAUGUGAACAUUUUUAAAACAUACACACACAAAUUUAAAUUAUGGGGGAGUAAUAAUACUCUGCUGGAAAUAAAAUGUACUAAACUAUUUUGGUAACUAACUUAAAGAUCAUAGGAAAUAAACUCUUUGAAUCGGG